AUGACUUUAAGUAAACAUAUCGAUGCUGAAGCUUUAGAACAUAAAUUAUUAAAAAAACAUAAUGGUAAAAAGCUUUCCCAUCAUGAACAAUAUAUUUCCAAAUAUGAUAGUGAUGAAAAAAUCCCAAAGUAUCAAAUUCCAGAAGGUUCAUCCGAUAAAGAAUUAGUUUAUAAAUAUCUUACUGAAGAAUUAUCAUUAGAUGGUACUCCAACUUUAAAUUUAGCUUCGUUUGUUAAUACUGCCAUUGAUGAAGUUCAAUUGAAAUUAGUGGCUGAUAAUAUCGUUAAGAAUUUGGCUGAUAAUGAUGAAUAUCCUUCUUUGAUUGAUUUCCAACAACGUUGUAUUUCCAUCAUUAGUAACUUAUGGCAUGCUCCAACUACUCUUGAUAAAACUACGGGAAGACAAAAUGUUAAUACUGUUGGUGCUGCCACCACUGGUUCAUCAGAAGCUAUUAUGUUGGCUGGGUUAGCUUUCAAAAAGAGAUGGCAAGAGAAACAAAAGGCUAAAGGUAAAUCCAUUGAUAAUCCAAAUAUUAUUAUGGCUACUUGUGCUCAAGUUGCUUUAGAAAAAUUUGCCAGAUAUUUUGAUGUUGAAAAUCGUUUAGUUCCAAUCACUGAAGAUUCAGGUCAUGUUAUUGAUAGUACAAGAAUUAGAGAAAAUAUCGAUGAAAAUACCAUUGGGAUUUUUGUUAUUGUUGGAUCAACCUUUACUGGUGCUUUUGAACCAGUUGAACAAAUUUCUAAGCUUUUAGAUGAAGUUGAAGCUGAAACUGGGGUUGAUGUUAGAAUCCAUGUUGAUGGUGCUUCUGGAGGUUUUGUCGCUCCAUUUGUCUAUCCUCAUUUAAAAUGGGAUUUUAGAGUUUCAAGAGUUGAUUCUAUUAAUACUUCAGGUCAUAAGUAUGGUUUAACUACUGCUGGUUUAGGUUGGGUUAUUUGGAGAGAUCAAGAUUUAUUACCAAAAAGUUUGAAAUUCUCUUUGGAUUAUUUAGGUGGAGUUGAAGAAACUUUUGGAUUAAAUUUCUCUAGAGCUGGUUUCCCUGUUAUUUUACAAUAUUUCAAUUUCCUUCAUCUUGGAAGAGAAGGUUAUACCAAAGUGUUUAACAGUUGUAUUGAAAAUGCUAGAUUAUUCAGUAACAUUUUAGAAGAAUCUGAAUAUUUUGAAGUUUUAUCUGUGAUUCAUAAAAAGAUUGAGAAUGAUACUAUUAAAGCUGAAACUUAUACUGCUCAACAUCAUUCAACUUCAAAACAUUCUAAAUUAAGUAUUAGAAAUGAAGAAUUUUAUCCUGGUUUACCUGUGGUUGCAUUUAGAUUUUCUAAAAAGAUUAGAGAAGAAUAUCCUGAAAUUCCUCAAAGAAUCUUUUCAACUUUAUUAAGAAAUAAAGGUUUUAUCGUUCCAAAUUAUCAUUUAAGUCCUGAUGAAAAUGAUAAAGAAAUCUUACGUGUGGUUGUUCGUACUACUUUAUCCUUAAACUUGUUGGAAAAAUUAGUGGCUGAUAUCAUUGAUUCUAUUGAAUUAUUAAUUGAAUCAUGUAUUACUGUCCGUGAAAUGAUUACUGCUAAAGAAAAUACUGAAGAACAAAACAAGGAAGCUAUUUAUAGUUUAUUAUUAUCAAUUGCUUCAAAUGGUGUGGAAGAUGCUAAACAAUUCCAACAUAAGAUUAUUGAUGCUGAAGGUACUGCUCAUGGUAAAAAUAAAAAAUCUUAUCGUGGUACUUGUUAA